CUUUUGGUUGGAUUUGUUUGUCUCGCGAUAACACGUUGGCCAAUCGUGGUGCCGCAGCGCCAAAAGUCAAAUCGGAUUGUUGCUCAGGCAAAGUCGGUGAAGAGAGUGUUUUGCUGUCGGAGCGGCGUGUCAGACAUACUGUAGCUGCUUUCUCCACCGUAAUCUAUCACCAAGGACCGCCGUAGGCUGGUUGAGACAGCACAAUGGAUAACGUCUCAGUUUCAAGACGGAAUCACAUCAACAAGAAAGGAAAUAAAGAGAAUGCUCAGCCUGCAUGUGGGAGCAAGACUUUUUCCAAAAUAAAUGUUUCCAAAACGACCACUCUGGCUCCACUGCACCUGAAAAGCAAUGAGGAAGAGACCGUGGCAAAAGAUGGCUCUCAAAAAAUAAAGCUGAAACAAGUGGGUGUCAGGGUAACAUCUGGAGAGGCUCUGAAGAAGGCCAAGCAGACUGAUGGAAAAGUAGGUGCGGCCGCUGAUGCAAAAAAACAACAAACGCUAAGUCAGGCGUUUCUCACAAAACAGGCAGUAAGACAAAGAAAAAUUGUUGCAGAAGCACCAAAGCCACCAGCUGCUGUGCCUCCAACCAAGUCUGCUCCAGGCAUGUACAAAGGCAAGAUAGUCCAGUCAAAAAUUGGAUCCAUUUGGAAGUCUAGUACCGCAGUGGGAGUGGCUGACCCGAAACCAGCUGCAAACCCAUCAGCACCCAAAGCAGAGAGCCAAAGGGUUGGAAAUUUGGCAAAGAUUAGGUCCAAAUCUGUUGCUGACUUGCCUGGGCGUGGUAUGCAGAAACCUAAACCUACAAGGUCAAACUCGGUGUCAGAUGGACUCCCUCCAGUCUCCAAGCGCCCCAUCACUGGCCGUCCCAUGACUGGAAGCCGCUCUGCUCUUCCUCCUGCCAGAACCGUCCCAGCAACAGUAGCCGGUCCUAGCUUCAGAAACACUACUGCAAUGCGCACCAAGGCAACAGAGACACAGAGUAACAAGCCCAAGAGGCCAGUUACAGACAAGAAGGUCAACAAGCCUCCUGUCUCUAGUACCAUCAGCCAAUACAGAGUUACCAUGGAGACCGCUGAUGAGAGAAGAGCUAAACUAGCAGAGUGGCUGGCUUCCAAGGGAAAGACUCUGAAGAGGCCGGCCAUGGCAGCAACACAUCCCAAAGCCAAACUAGCAACAAAACCUGAAGUUCAGUCUCAUGUUGAGCCUCAGCCUGUUGCCCAGUGUAACCCUGAACCUCAAGCUGAACCUGAACUCAGCAUGGAUGCGCACAGUCCCGGUUCUACUGCUGUUCAGCUCGAAGACAACCAGAGGCAAGAGGACACGAAACACCACUCACCUCCGCUGAUCAUGAACACCACUCUGGAGCUGCUGGAUGACUCCGACAUGGAUCUGCCUGAGGCAGAGCCCCAAAUGAAUGAUAUUGUGGUGAACCUGUGUGAUGCUUUGGAGGCCAUGGCGACACCCUCUAGAUGUGAGGAUGAACCCUCACAGACCAAAGACAAGUGUAAUGAUGUUGAAAUGGAGGACAGCACACCAAAGGAUGAGUGUCAAGACCAUGUGGAGAAUGAAAUGCCUGAGGAAUGUAGCCGUGAGCCAGAGGAUGUGGAAGUGAAGAACGAAACAGAAGAUAAUGUGGAAAAAAAUGAAAGUGAUGAUGAAAUUAAAUCAGAAAGUGAUGAUGAGGAAGACGAUGUUGAUGAUGAUGAUGAGGAGGAGGAGGAGGAGGAGGAGGAAGAGGAAGGCAAAGAUGUGACUAAGACCACACCAAAGAUGGAAGGAGCUUCUGUUGUGAAAUACAGCGUGAAGACAACUCCAUACCUUCAAAGUGUUAAGAAGACAAUCGAUGGCGAGGUCAUUGCAAGCGGAUCUCGGCGAAAGAGCAGCAUCAAGGAUCUCAAGUUUCUCACACCAGUGCGCCGGUCCAGCCGCAUCCAGCGAAAGUCCUCCCGUUUGCCUGGGAUGCUGACUGACCACGACACCUGUGUGUCUUCAUUGGCUGAGCUGGUGAAGCUGGAUGAUGAAGCCAACGCUUACAUUUACAGAAGAAACCCUGCUCUCCUUGAAGAUCUGCCAGACCAUUAGAGCGUCUGAGUCAUGGUGGUGGUGCUGUUGGAAAUGUAUGGGACUGGAUUUAAUGGGCACUUUAUGUGAAUUCUGUUAUAAAUUGUUAUUACUCUCAUUCAGACAAGUUUAUGAAGAUCUUAAAUAAUACUGAAUCAAUCUGUCAUAUCGAGGAAAGUCUGUUUGAGUUGUUAUCACUUCUUAAGUGGACAUCUUUUGAGGGCUGUUAUGCUUUCUUGUCUUCUCACUAUAUGGCUUUUCUUCACCAUGAUUGUGUUAAUUUUUAAUAUUAAGUUUUUAACAACUGAGACGAGUGUGUUAUAUACACUAAAAUACAAGUAUCUCAGCUUCCAUGUGUAAGCUUUGCUAACAGGACAAUAAAGCUAUGAUAAAACAAA